AUGGUUGAUUGUAACUGGAAUUAUGUUUGCUGUUAUUCUUAUUUGUGUUUUGUCCUAAUCGCCUUCUGUCUCUUAUAUGGUUUGUGUUCGGGAGGCUUCUCUGAAGCAUUCGUUGUAAUUUUAAUUUAUGGAACAGGUGCGGACGGCAUCAAGGAGGUUGCGGUUGCCAUUGUAGCCGUUUUCGACGGUCAUAACGGCGCAGAAUCUAGUGAGAUGGCAUCGAAACUUUUGUUGGAGUAUUUUGUUCAGCAUACUUAUUUUCUCCUUGAUGCUGUCUUUUAUGUUUCGAAGACGUCAACAGAAACAUGUCUUCACAAGAGAGACCGUGAUCAUGAAAACUUACUGCAUAGAUGGAAGGAGAUUUUAGGUUCAGAAUGGUUUCAGAAUACAUUUUCUCGAAAUCAUGAUGAUUCUUUCCACUUGGGAAUUUUGAGGGAAGCGUUAUUGAGAGCAGUCCAUGACAUUGAUGCUAAAUUUUCUGAGGAAGCCUCUAGAAAUAAUUUUCACUCUGGAUCAACAGCUGCCAUUGUUUUGGUAGUGGAUGAUAAAAUUUUGGUUGCCAAUGUUGGAGACUCUAAGGCCAUAUUAUGCUCUAAAAAUUUUCAGUCUCCCAAAGAGGCUAAAGACUUGUUAUUAAAGCUAUAUAGACAGAAAGAGCAUGAUGGUUCUGUUUCUGUGUGCAAAGCGGCUUCAUCCCAUGGUCUCACUCAUUUUGUAGUAAAGGGAUUGACCAGUGAUCAUCAUCCAGACAGAGAUGAUGAAAGAAAUCGGGUGGAAAAAGCUGGAGGUCAAGUUCAAAAUUGGGGUGGUGUGCCUCGCAUAAAUGGUCAGCUGGCUAUUACACGGGCUAUCGGUGACCUACCCUUUAAAAAGUAUGGUGUUAUAUCUGCACCAGAAGUGACUGAUUGGCAGCCUCUGACCGCUAAUGAUAGCUAUUUGGUGUUAGCAUCAGAUGGUGUAUUUGAGAAGAUGAGCUUGCAGGAUAUCUGUGAUUUGUUGUGGGAAGUGCAUAAUUACAGUAACAUGAGAUCAGACUGCGCCCAUUCUUCCUAUUCGUUGGCAGAUUUAAUUGUUAAUAAUGCCUUGAAGAAGGGCAGUAUGGAUAAUCUGUCAGCCAUUGUCAUUCCUCUGGAGUCUGUCAGCAAACUCUCUUAAGGGAGCUAUACUAGAAAGAGGGAUGCAGAUUUUGGUCUGCAAGUAUUUUCCUUCAAAAGCUCAGGUAUAUAUUAUGAAGGAAAACUGCAUUUUCCGUCAUUAGUUUGGGGAAAAUUGGAAAUGAAAGUAAACAAAACAGAUGGCGCCUGCAAAAAUGAUUUUUUGUUAGAUCUACAAAUUUACCCAUACUCUAAAUUGCUUACUAUUUUAAUAAAAGGGUGUUUUAUUAUGUGAGUUUAACAAUAUUGUAGUGUUUGGGUGAGAGUAGGAAGGAAACUGCAUUUUUCACCAUUUUUUCAAGGAAAAAAUUUGGAUCGGAAGGAAGAACGACUGGGUCUGCAAAAAUUAUCUUUUUGUUAAGUUGACAAAUUUAACCACAUGUGUAACUACUUGCUAUUAUGAUAAAAGAAUGUAACAUAGUUACUUUUCUUUCCUUUUUUGGCAGUUUUUCAAACCUACGCCACUUGUCUCAUGUUUUGAAUA